AUGCAGGAAAUUCGGAAGGAAAAAGAAGUCUUGCGCCGUAUUGCUCAAGCGAGUAAUGCAAUUCGACGGAAGCAUAAAAUCCUCAAGACGGGAAAAGAGUCGCUACAGGAAAGAAUGAAGGAUGUCUUCAAACCUGUGGUAACCCCGCUGCAGGAAUUAGUCAACGUCUCUCGAGACACGAAACCUGUAAAGCAGGAGGUAAAGGAAGAAAUCAAAACUGAAACGAUGGAUGAACCGAAGAACGAAAUGGAAUCGGAAGCUGAAGAUUCUUUUGCAACUGCAGAGGAAGAGGAUCAAACAGUCACAGAGUCAUCUGCAGGAUUGGAAGAUGAAUAUCUUAGAACGCUCGAGGAUAAAAAUAGACAGAACGAGCUGGAUACUUUAUACGGGGUACGGAACCUUUCUACCGCCGGGUUGAUGAAUGGUGACUCACCGAUAAGCUUCGAGCGAAAUUCCAUUCGCAUAGGGAGUACAGUCUACCCGAAAACUCAAGGUCUGCUGGAGUUGUUGUUCAAGAAGAUGCCGAACAGCGUUCACGUUACCCCCAACGACAAGAAGAAUUACAAGAACAUCCUUCUCGCAACAAAUGCUCACAGAAAGUAUUACAGCGCCACCGAGCCUAUCCGAAACACCCCCAGCGCCAAAUCCAAGCACCUAAUUGCAGAGCUGCUCAACAUCAAUACAUCAUCACCAUCGUCAUCGAAGCAUUAUAUUUUCUGGGACGACGCAAACGAGUUGGUGGAACGUCUUUGUAUGCUCACGGCAUCUCAAGCGGCUGGGAAUACAAGUCACAACAACGAAAUCAUGUCGAUUCUCGAAGAAUUGCGGGAAGCUGGAAUCAUUUAUUGA